AUGUCGCUCCGUCGGCUGAGCGCGUUGGCGUUCUCUUCGCUGGUGGUCGUAUUCCUUGUAUCGCAAAAUAGUUUGCCAGCUUCAGGAACUUUGUUGUCAGGUGGCCCUAAUGAGGAUACUUCCCCGGAAAUUUCGCCACCUGAACCUGCUCCGGACCGGCCACGCCGUCGGGCCAAUUUGCUUCAACGCGGGUUAAGAGCUGUUUCACUGCCUGCUCGAAGAGUUCUUCAAACACUUCGAAGUGUACUCGGAAGGCGUCCUCGACAGGAAAGAGAGCAAGAGCUGGCCAGCAUGGAGGGUGCCGCCAUGAGAUACUUCGACUGUUUUAGUCUGGGGUCUCCUGAGACGAAGGCGGCGAGCGCCGUUAGUGCAGUUUGUGCAGGGCUGAAAACAGAGGCCCUUCGACAGUGCCUAAAGAAAAACCCUCUCUUUUUGGUCCAUCCCAUGCUGCGGGAAUCUAUUGCAGCAGCCUCACCUGAAGAUUACAACGAUGCGGAGGCUUGGAUGAGUUCCCUUUCAUUUGUCGCUGAGCCCCCCGAGGAAUUUACAUUUCCGGGUGGAAGCCCGUUAGGCCAGGCAUACGCUAAGCUAAACUGGAGUCUCAUUGGCACUGCGGAUAACCAGCACAUCCUCGCUGGCGACUAUUUAAAGCAAAGCACUCGGAAGAGACGAGGUAUCCUCACCGAAGGCUAUCAACUUUUCAUGAGCCUGCCCCCCCACCCUGACCCUGUUGCAGUCCGGCUGUUAUCAACCAUGCUGGUCGAUGGGUUGUCAUGCCCAGCUGACGGCACUUUCGGGAAGCCUGAAAGGGUUGUAGUAGGAGGUAAGACCAAGACCGUCAAAACAGCCCAACUGGUUGAAGCCGCCAUCUAUAUAGUUGUUGGGGAACUUUUCGACGCCAGCGAUUGUGCCGCUCCUGGGAACACAGACGCGCAAGCCCGCAUGACCUGCAGGCUUCUUAGCGCAUACGAUGAAUACAUGCAAGCCGGUGGGCCACUGCAAGCAGAGCCUAAGACUGAAGAAAGGCUUCAGCAGAUAAGCGGUGCGGAGUUUGAGGCAGCUCCUGCUCUCGCCGAAGCUGAGGCUAGAGAUGAAGGCGAGCAAGCUCGUGGUUUGGAGGCCGGUGAACCCUCCAGUACUCAAUCCAGUGUUAUUCCCAGCACUCUGCCCUCCGAAACUAAUGAUGUAGAUGAACGUUCGGAACCUUCCAGAGGCGCAGUAGAGGGGCCACCAGAACCGUCCCUUGAACUUCCAGCAGAUCAGGAUGUGGAGGAAACAGAUGGGAAGAGGGAGCGCAUACGCGUUUAUGCUCAGCAGGCAGCUGCUUCAGCCGUCGCCACAGCCCGAUUAAGCUUGAAAUCUGGUGCUACAACUCUUCGUUUAGUCCGCCUAUGUCUGAAAAGUUCGUUCUUCAUCCGCCAUGUAAGUCGAAUAUUGUUGUUUUUCAUGGGAAAAGAGCUAGUUUCGCAGCAAGGCCUGUUCCUUCUGCUCGGGAGAAAACGGCAAGCGGGAUCGCUCUUGGGGAUUUAUAUAAGGGCACUCGUAGAGCUCAGUUCAGGAAGCUCAAGCCUUGGAAAUCUUUCAGCAGCAGCAACCGGAAUAGCCGCGGAUGAAGAAAAACGCGUCAUCUCUGGGGAGCAGCAAACUCCUGCUUCAUUCCUACAAGGUUACCUUAAACCUACAGUGGUGAUUCGCACCCUUCAAGCUGCGGGAGUAGAAACUAACCGACGGACCGCUGUAGCGCUCGCCCUAAGCGUCAACGUGACAGUUGAUAUCAUACUAGCUUUUCUGUUGGUGGCACUCAGCUCCGCUUUCCCACCGGCCGUGCUUGUUAUGGCGAUCGUACUAGCCAUCCUUCUGUUAAUCAGAUCUGCUAUUAUAUCUUACACUGUGGCCGUCCCCGAAACAAUGAUGGAGAAAAUCGAGAGAAAGGGGAAGGGGGCUCUUGAAAAGGUAGCCAGGGUUGUUGGGUGA